AUGACACAGACCAACCCACCACAGCCCAGUGGGGGUGGUCGUUUGCUCAAUACCUUCAUCAAUCGGCCCAUUGGUAAUCACGGUGCAGGAUGGUCUAGUCUGUGGGAUUCGGGGGAAAGUGAUCUAUGGGAUCGGGGAAAGGCAUCACCAGCCCUGGUAGAUAUCAUCGAACAAGAACGGGUGCUACUCUCUCCAUUUACUUCGGAUGGCCGAAGAAAAAAAGCCCUUGUACCAGGGUGUGGCCGUGGAUACGACGUAGUGAUGUUGGCACUACAUGGAUUUGACGCGUUCGGAUUGGAGAUAUCCGAGACAGCCAUCAAGGAAGCCGAGAUAUAUGCAUCUGCUGAGCUGGCGAAGCCAUCCGAUUAUCACUUUGGUAGCGGACAGCAUCAGCCCCUAACCACCGGUUCUGUGACAUUUUUCCAAGGGGACUUUUUCACUCCACAAUGGAACUUCAAAGCAGGCAUUGAUGAGACAACUCAGUUUGAUGUAGUCUACGACUAUACUUUUCUAUGUGCUUUGCAUCCAGAGCAAAGAAAAGAGUGGGCGUCAGGUAUGGCUCGGGUUUUAAAGUCCGGAGGCCUUCUUAUCUGUCUAGAGUUCCCAUUGUACAAGGAUCCAAAGCUUCCAGGGCCCCCUUGGGGAUUGAAAGGGGUUCAUUGGAAUUUGCUAGCUGAAGGAGGCAAGGGUAUGAUCACCGGCCCAGUGGGAGCCGACGGCAAAGAACAAAAGACCGCCAGCUCAGAUCUUGGAGACUUCAACAGGGUUUUGUAUGUCACACCAGCCCGAUCAUAUGACGUGGCAAAGGGAACAGACAUGGUCAGUGUGUACGUGCGGAAGUAG